CUUCUCCCAUUCAGCCGAAGACACCAAAAGUCGAGAGACCCACUACUGCAGUUCCGCUUCCGCUUUCCCGCUUCAGUUUCAGUGGUCGUCCAUUUGAGAUUAGAUGGAGACGAAAAUCGCGACGUGUAAUCAACGAAAGUCCCCGGAGCACAGAACCGGCGACAGGCUCAGCUCACUGCCGGACGAAAUCUUAUCUCACAUUCUCUCUUUCCUGAAAACCAAGUACGCCGUCGGCACCGCCGUUCUCAGUCGGCGGUGGAAGGAUCUCUGGACUAGGGUUUCCAAUCUCGAUCUCGACUACCGCUUAUUUUACCACUACCCGACUCCGAACAACAAUGGCGCAUCGUGGUGGGAACAAAUUUCAGAGGUUCGGGGGAGAAGAGAAUUGGGAUUCGCCCGAUUCGUCGAUGGGGGUUCUCAGCCGGCACAAGAAUCUCAAUUCGGUAAACCGUUUCCGCUUACACGUGAUGUCAGAUUUAUCGUUUAAGAUGGAAUUGGGGUAUGAGUCUCUGCUUGAAGAAAUAGAUCUUAGAAAUAGAAUGCAGGAGGAAUUUGAAGGAACGAGUUGUGGCUUUCAGCUUCCGGGGAGCUUCUUCAGUUUGAAGAAUCUGAAAAUUUUGAAGGUCAAGGGUGUUUUAGUAGCGAAUACAGAGGGUUCGGUUGUUCUCCCUAACCUAAAGAUCUUACACCUUGUGGGACUACCGACCAUUGACUGUGAAUCAUUGAAUAGGCUCAUUUCUGAUUGCCCUGUUCUAGAGACUGUUCUUCUAGUGCUUUGCAACCCCUUGUUCUUCGAUGAGAAACGCAUGUUCAUUGCUUCAUCGCGCCAUCUUUGAAGAACUUGACUAUUGUCCAUCGUGACCGCUACACUUCCAUUGGGAUUGAAGCACCCAAUCUAGAGUAUCUUGAUCUUCAACUUGAUCUUCACCUUCAGCCUUUUACUCCCGUUACAGAGUUGCGGUUUCUCGGAGGGAGUAGAGUGUUUUCAUGCCUUGAUUCUGGUGUCGGUUGGUAUUUUCCGGAACCCAGCUAGCUGACGGAGGCCAUUGUAUGAUCGAGUUGUUCAACCAAAUCUCCAAUGCAAAGAGAAUCUGUUUGUUUAACGGGGCUCUUGUAAGCAUCAACAUGACUUGUCACUCUUUUUCUUCCCCUCAUUGAUUCUAUAUUAGUUGUUUAGAACUGAGGUUGUGUUAAUCCUUCUUCUCAGGAUUUUUUUAUCGGUUCUCGAAGAUGAAGAUUAUAAUGAUGAUAGUGUUCAGUUGCCUGUCUUCCCCAAUCUGACACAUUUGACAACUGAUGCACCCUAUCUGCAGCGCAGUUCUGCACGCCUUGCUGAACUCGGCAUCCAAACUACAAUCUCUCGUCUUUCACAAGGUGAGUAUGUGGUUAUUUGCUGUCUAGCUUGGAGGAAGUUGUGGUAGCUAAUUUAUCAGUUGAAACUUAUACGAGACUAGUACCUUAUCUGCUAAAGUUUGGAGCUGUACUGAAGAAGCUAACUGUGGAGUUGAACUUCUUUUUUUCGUCUCCACGCAACAAACCGUAAAGCGCUUGCCUCUUUGUUGAAACUGCCAAGAAGAUCAACCGCAUGUGAAGUUCUUUUUCUUCACGAUGGCAAGGAGAUCCACUUCGAUGACGAUGAAUAGACCUUUGACACCAAUGUGUUGGCUCACAAGAGCGGCUCGAAUGAUGAAAUUACGGUGACUAAUAAGUUGUGGUCCGGAUGAUGGUGUUCAGCUGCCUGUCUUUGCCAAUUCUGACACUUUUUGCAAUGGCUACCCCUGGAAGCAGCUGCUUUCUUCACUCUGUGCUCAACUCGGCCUCCAAAUUACAUUCUGCUGUCUGUCAAUGACCAUUGUCGUUUGCUUUUGUGCGUAAGCGAGUAGCAUAUUUACGUUGAACCUGUGUCCUGACCCCUUCCGACUUGUCCUACAUACAUAUUUAUUAUUCGUGUUGGACAUGAAUUUUUCUUUCGCUCGUCUCAAUCCGAGACCCCAUUAUUGAAAUCAUCAUUUAGGGUCAUUAGUCUUGACAUUUUAUAUACAGACGAUUGAACAUUGACAUAUCUGAAUCGCCUUAACAUAUCCGGACCUGUAACCCUCGUGUGAUUAUCCUUAGAACUAGGUAUAACGAGUAUGAAUAUUAGUGUACCUGGCUGCCUCAUUUCUCAUGUGCAUUAGUCUUUAUUUUCAUGCCUUUCAAGGUUUUCUGAUGUAGCUUGUAUACUUCCAUUCCAUUGAUGGAGAAUAAAGAAUAGUUUUGACU